AUGCGGGGUCUGGGGAUGGGCGGCUGCGGCUGGCCGCCGUUUGUCGACUGCCAUUCCCGGGACGAUGAGGAGGAGUACUACGGCAGCGACCCGAGGCCCCGGAGCCUGGCGUUCGAGGACAAAGAGCCCAAGCUGCAAGUGGGCCUGGACGCCGUGUCCCUGACCAGCACGUCCAGCAGCCUGCGGACCCCCCAGUGCAGGAUCUGCUUCCAGGGCCCCGAGCAGACAGGAGUCAAGCCUGGAUUGCUGUCCAAGCCCACUCACACACAUCCCCUUAAUGAAAAGGUUCAUGUCGUUUCGGGCUCUCCGGCAAGUGUCAAUUUUCUGUCGYAUACGGGAUUUGAUCAGAUUUUCCMAGCUCCUACACUCAGCCUCUCCUCUGUGUUUCAGUGGCAGGCCAUCUCCCUGACUGUGAUCGAGAAGGUGCAGAUUGCAGCGAUAAUCCUGGGUUCCCUGUUCCUCAUCGCCAGCAUUUCCUGGCUCAUCUGGUCCUCGCUCAGCCCCUCUGCCAAGUGGCAGCGUCAGGACCUGCUCUUCCAGAUCUGCUACGGCAUGUACGGCUUCAUGGACAUCGUCUGCAUAGGCCUCAUCAUCCACGAGGGAUCGUCGGUGUAUCGAAUAUUUAAGCGAUGGCAGGCUGUCAAUCAGCAGUGGAAAGUACUGAACUACGAGAAAUCAAAAGACUUGGGCGACCCGGUGAGCUCCAGCAGUAAGACCGGCGCCCGCGGCUCCCGCGGCAACCCGCACGGCCUGGCCAGCGGCGGCGGCGGCCGACAGAGCAGGCGGCUAAGAACUAUUCUGAACCACCACUGCGGAUACACCAUCCUGCACAUCCUGAGCCAGCUCAGGCCCAACGACCCGCGGAUCAGCGCCGCCGCCAACCGGGAGGUGGUGAUGAGGGUCACCACCGUAUGAGACGGACCUGCGWCAAGCGGCGGAAGGACGCAUGGACCUCAAUUUGAAAAAAACGACGGACUCAUUUGGCAACAGGAGCCCCACGUGGGACCGAACGGUGCCUGGAGCAUCAAUAGACUGRAAACACAUGAGGAUUUCUCCUCUUGUUUCGUACAACAAAAGGAAGACAGAUGCUCCUUUUCAAUAAUUAAAGAACUGAUGAAAACAUGGAAGUAUUAAAAGACAUAAAACAUGAAAUGUAUGAUGGGGGA